UGCCUAGCUAAAAAGGAAAAAAAAAAAAUGGACAGUCAAUCCGAUUUCCAUCAGAUAGAGUCAAUUCGCCAGCACCUUCUCGACGAUGAAUAUUCUUCACUGGGGAUCAACACUAGCAAUUCAUCUGUAUAUUGCCAGAAUAUGAGCUUUAGCAAGCUCUUCUUGACAGGGAACUGGAGUGAUAUUCUUUUAAAAAUAGACAACUCCGCUCGAAUCGUGGCCUGUGACACUCGAGAACCAGAACCCUUUAAUAAGCAAAUCCAGUAUUGGGUUCCUCUGAACCCUAUUGAUUCAACAAUCACUGCCACAGCUAAGAUUAAGAAUGAGCCUGAGAAAAAUGUUCCGGGUGCAUCGCCCACGCCGGCACGAGAAAGGAGGAAUAAUUAUACGGGAGUGAGGAGAAGGCCAUGGGGGAAAUACGCUGCUGAGAUUAGAGACCCUAAGAAGAAUGGUGCAAGGGUAUGGCUAGGGACUUAUGAGACACCUGAAGAUGCAGCUCUGGCAUACGACCAUGCUGCUUUUAAGAUGCGAGGAGCCAAAGCUAAGUUAAAUUUUCCACAUUUGAUUGGCUUUAGUGACUAUCAACCUGUUAGGGUGACUCAUAAGCGCUCGUCGCCGUUAAUGCCGUCCUCCUCGUUAUCCUCAUCAUCAUCAUCGGCACCAUUGUCAUCUUUGUCAUGGGAACUGGAUGAUGGAUCCCCGAAACUGAAACGUAGAAUGAUUUAGGUUUAAUUCUUGUCAGGAUGGAUAAUAUUGACUGUACUGUUAUAUUGGCAAAUUGCCAAUUUGAUAGCCAAUCAUCGCAUGUGCACAUAUUGAAUU